GUGCCAAGAGGCACUGUGGGCGUUAGAAAUGACCAGAAACGCCCUGGAAUCUACUGUACACUGGGAGCUGGGCGCUGUCCACCGUUUGCAACGCCCCCCGUUGACGCCUGACGCCUGACGCCGUUGACGGCAGGUGUGGGAUGGUGCAGCUCUCGGGAAGCUGGCUGAGGCGCCUGCCUGCAGUCAGAUGCGAAGCAAUUGCGCAUUCAGUGGUGGUGACCUGCAUGCUGCGCUGAGCACUGCCACAAUGCCACAACCGAGUCACAGCACGCCGAUAAAGCACCCAAGCACCCAAAGCACCCAACAACCAGCCCAUGUUGGCUCUGCCCCAGAGAUUCAGAAUCAGAAACAUGCAGGGGCAGCACAGCACAAUGCACAGGCCGCAGUUUGCGACAACCUGAGGCGCUUCCAAGGGCCAAAGUGGCCCUCACUCGCAUCUCCUUCCUGCCCUUCCGAGCCCUGCGCCAUGCAAGCACCGUCGUCCCAAGGGGCAAAGUGAAGAGAGGCAAAGACAGGACAAGCACAGUGUUGAUCCCAAUCCACGGACUUCCAGGGACAGCAAAGAGGACAGCAUAUCUGCGCUACUCCCGUACACAGCCUCAAACGGGAAAUAACGACGGGACGGGCGGCCUUGGAUCGCAGCUGCUGUAUUACACACGCAUAGUGCAGUCGAUGCACUCACGUACUGUCAUACGCGGAAGCUCCCAAGACGGAAAUGGCAGACGCUGAAAGUGGAAAGGAAUAUAUCGCCAUCUCUCGACACGACGACCUCACCACCCACCACGUUGAUCCAUUCGGAAUUCCUGCACUCCUAGAAAGCCAGAAACCCAUCAACCAGUCGCACAAGUCUUGCACUGCAAGACAGCAAUAAAAAAAAUCAUUACCAACAUCAGCAUAGCUUGCUUUGACCCUACGUGAAAACAACAGACGAUACUGCCCUCCCCGAGACAUACAGCUUCCACCACAACCAAGCCCCGGUCUGCGCACCACGCACUUGUCGCUUGGCACACCGUCGCAUAUGCCGCGCCAUGGCGGACGAAUACAUUUUCCUCGAGGACUUUUUCGAUAGUCCCGAUGAGAUAGCCCGCAAGAUGCAAUCUCCCCCACCAGUCUACACGGCCCUGGAGCAGGACGUGGAGCAAGAAUGUCAAAUACCAUACACACCGACGGCUCAGAUGAGCACUAGCCGUGAUGCCCCUUCAUAGGCCGGAGGGCGCGCGCAAGAGCAGCCUCGCCCACAGCGUCAUGGGCCGGCAGGGCUUCCAGCGAUGACCGUACGUCCACCCCAACGUCGGCCACAAAAGACACAUGCCUCGGGACUGCCGAAGCCGGAUUGUUGCUGCAGAUGCUGCUACGCGCUUCACGCGUGCAUGUAUCGUUGCUGCGGCACACGGUGAACUGAGGGGAAUCAACAAUGAUUGGGGAGUCAGUGGAAGUCGGCGACAGAACGAAGUUGAAUAUCGACGAGAACAGAGAGGGAAGUCGGGCCACGAAACAAUCCUGGCAGCUACCGAGGUAGUUCAGUCCAGAAAUGGAGUCCUGAGCACUGGCGAGACCCAGGCCCUUGUGAGCUGUGAUCCUUUGGCCUCCCUGCCGGCGUUGAUGAUGAGGUUGCCGUGCCGUUGCUGGAGAAAGGCCACCAUGGCGGUCUCGGGUCAGCAUUCCUGACGCUGACGAUGCAAGACAUGAGGUCUGUCUUUCUGUCUGUCUGUCUGUCUGCAUCUAAAUCCAGCCAGUUGUAGAGCCCCAACAUGCUAGCUUGGUCUGGGCGGGUUCGGGCAACGAACACCUAUAGUGCCAUUUCCUACUGCAAUAUCCAGACGUCUUCUGCGGGAUGGAUCGGCAUUCUCCCAAGACGGCAGGACGGGCUGGCUUGAUGGCCCCCCAGGGCCCCCCCAGGGGGUGCUAGUGGGCCAGGCGGGGGAGACCCUGAAUCACAAGCGAGCUCCAACGAAUCCAGGACAGCCAGACGGGCAGACCACCCGCGACUGCGACGACCGCUGCCCCUCGGGCCCCUCCAGCCAGCCCCUCCAGCCCCUCCAGCGUCCAGCCCCUCCCCCUCAUCGCGCCUCACAUCCUGAGCUGACAGCUGACGGGGAGCACCUGGAAGCAGCCUAGCGCGUAUGGGCUCAGCACCAGCACCAGCACCUGCACCUGCACACUCCGCCCGCGGUGCCGAAACGUCAGCUCUUCUUUCAGACGUGCCGUAAUACCGAUCCAAACCAACCAGCCAACCUUAUGUGCGAGCUUACUUUACCACCCACCCUCCGUGACCAUUGACUUCCCUAAAGCUUCGCAAACGUCCUCCUUCCAUCACAGCCGAAUCAGCCAGCCCCUACACCAAGAGAAAGAUCGACCUCGCCAUCUCCGGUUAGCCUACUGCCGAGCAUCGAUACUCAGGCCCCUCGAGCCCUUCCCAUCUCCAAACCACCGACAACACACAUGUCUUUCCCAGGCCAAGGGUACGGUCCGGGCGGCGGCGGCGGCUGGCACAACCAAGGGCCUCCUCCGCAGCAGGGCUAUGGCUACAACCAGUACAACCAGUACAAUCAAGGACCCCCACCACAGCAUCACUAUCCUCCCCAGCAGGGCUACGGGCAACCUCCCCAACAGUACAACCAAUACCAGCAGCCUCAGCAAUACCAGCAGCCUCAGCAAUACCAGCAGCCUCCACAAUAUCAGCACCAGGGCGGCGGCUACGCACCUAGAGGGCACGGAGCUCCCCCGCCGCAAGGGGCACAGCAGUUUGGCCACGGCGCUCCGCAGGGCUACACAUUUCAGUACAGUGCCUGUACCGGGAAGCGCAAGGCAUUGAUCAUUGGAAUCAACUAUUUCGGCACCAAGGCAGAGCUCAAGGGCUGUAUCAAUGACACCCGGAAUGUCUCGAGCUUCCUGAUGGAGCACUAUGGGUACAAGCGCGAGGACAUGGUGAUCCUGACCGACGACCAGGCCAACCCCGUACUGCAGCCCACCAAGCAGAACAUCCUGCGCGCGAUGAACUGGCUGGUCAACAACGCACAGCCCAACGAUUCGUUGUUCUUGCAUUAUUCUGGACACGGAGGCCAGACGAAGGAUCUGGACGGCGACGAGGGGGACGGGUUCGACGAGGUCAUCUACCCAGUCGAUUUUCAACAACGAGGCCAUAUCGUCGAUGACGAAGUCCACGAGAUUGUCGUCAAACCCCUCAAGGCGGGCGUCCGCCUGACGGCCAUCUUCGACUCGUGCCACUCGGGCUCUAUGAUGGAUCUGCCGUACAUCUACUCCACCAAGGGCGUCCUGAAGGAGCCGAACUUGGCCAAGGAGGCCGGCCAGGGGCUGCUCUCGGCCAUCACGUCCUACGCGCGGGGUGACAUAGGCGGCGUGGCAAGUUCCUUCAUGAAUUUUGCCAAGUCGGCCAUCUCGGGCGACAGCGCGCACGAGAAGACGAUGCGGACCAAGACGAGCCCGGCGGACGUGAUCUCGCUGAGCGGCAGCAAGGACGACCAGACCAGCGCCGACGCAACCAUCGCGUCCAAGGCCACGGGCGCCAUGUCGUACGCCUUCAUCUCGGCCCUCAGGCAGAACCGCGACCAGACGUACCUCGAGCUGCUGAACAACAUCCGUGACAUCCUGGAGACCAAGUACACACAGAAGCCGCAGCUUAGCUGCAGCCAUCCCCUAGAUGUCGAACUGAAAUUUAUCAUGUGAGGCGGCGCGGAUGGGACUGGCUGGCUGGCUGGCCACACUGGCAAGCUACAUUGGCAAUGUGGCAUGUACUUGUUUCAGGAGGGUGGUCGGGUGUUCUCCGCCCCCACACGCAUUGUAUAUGUACGAAGUUUGUUUUUUUGGGAACACAGGAGCGGUAAGGAAGUCGGGGGGCGGCGGCGGCGGCGGCGGUCACAUAAACCACGAAUCAACCGGAUUUGGAACGAGCAUGUGUUAAUGAAUGUAUUGAAUAG